UGCGCAUACUAGGCACCAAAAGGAAAAUAUGGCAUAGUUUCAAAUCCAGAAACUGAUUGUCCGAUGCCUCAACUACGUGCUGGAACGUUUGCGAUUUUGAAUCAUUGGAACAAUGGGAUUAUACGUGCCAUCGAGCCUGUUGAUGGUAGACUGUUUCCUUCUCCGGACCUCACCUGAAACAACCGUGGUUCAUCAUCAACAUCACCUUUAAUUUUUAGAAGAGUCUGCAACAAGUACUUAUAACUGAACAACUUUCUUCAGAUGUGACUUAUUCUUUUGCACUACAAAGCAAUAUGACGACACACUAGACUUCGUCAUUUAAUUAUUUCAAAUUUUAAGGCCUCUAAAUUCACCAUCACAGCUACCAAAAUGAAUUUACUCAGCUUCAUAAUUCUACAACUUCUCUUACGGCUUACAAACGUUGCUUCUCUAGCAAUUCCUAAUGAACUUCAUAAGAAAGAUGAUCCAUGUGAUCCAAUUGUCAAAACAACUGUUACAACUGUUUUGACCUUUUAUUCUACUGGCAGAAACUCCACCUAUGCUUCUCUUCAAACUACCACCGCCGUCGGCUACACGCUAAACGAAUGUGCUAUGGCGUACUUACCAACUGUUACAGCUAGCUCAACUGUUCCCUCAAUUUCUACUUCAACAUUCACUCAUUGUGAUGAUGGCCCACACUGCGAUAAAACAACAUGGGCGACGCCAGUAUGCCCCGUCGGAACCCUAUCUGCAGAAUGUAACGUUCAGCCCACCUAUAUUCCUCAGCAGAACAGCUACACAGUCACCGUAUUUACAACAUCUUGUGGUGCUCCAGAUGGUGCAACGGGAUCUUUCUCAUGUCAUGCAUCUACGGCGCUUGUUGGUCUAAAUGAUGUUUCUUCAACAUUCGUUGUUACAAACUGUGAUCAUGCCGACUUUGUUUGUCCUGCUUCUCUCUCAUUUUCUUCAACAAAGCUGGUGCCAUCUCCAUCUUCUACUCCUCCAAUUCCACUUACUUCACCCUCUCAACUAACGUCAUCAUCAUUUUUUGUACCAGCAACUCCAACCACUGUUUCUUCUGCUUCGCCUGCCUCGUCAUUGUUUUCCUCAUCGACGUAUGUUACCCAACCAUCCACUACACUCUCGUCAUCUCUAUACUCUAAAUCACCAUAUAUCUCAUCUGUCCCUAGCGAAUCAAGUACAAUAACAUAUGUUACAAUCUGUCCUGGUGCUUCUGAGGAAGUCACUUGCAUCAUUGGCUCCUCAGAUGUUUUUGUUGGGACAACUAAUAUCGCUAUUGCAACGACCUCAUGUUAUGCACCUCCAAAAUUUACUGGUUCCUUUGGAUUAACUCCUGUUCUGUUUACUUAUACUGGGCUGACCACAUACUCUGUAAUCACAGCUUUCAAUGCUGUGGUUCCAAGUUUUGUCUGUCCUUCCAGUAUCUCAUCAUUUUUGACAUCUUCAAUUUUAUCUUCCUCUGCUCCUACAAAAUUGUCUUAUACUCCAUCAUCGACUUUUUCAGUAGUUAUACCAUCUUCUUCAGUUCAUUCGUCAUCCUUCCAACAUUCAAUAUCAUCGUCCCUCCCAUUUUCAACUUACCCCUCUUCAUCACUUACUAAACUCUCUUCAUACACUAUACCUUCGAGUAUGAUACCUCCUUAUACUUUGUCUUCAUCUUUCAAGCCAUCACUAUCAACCAUUUCAUCUUUCUCUUCCAGUCAAUACAAAUCCUAUAGUCAAUCCUCAUCAUACUUUGGAUCAUCUUCUUCAUUCACAUCAGCUUUAUCCUUAGAUUCAUCAAGCGUACCAUCUUUGUCGCAUAGCCAAUUUUCAUCUCAAGCCCCAUCGUCAUCUACUGGAUACUCCUCACAUAAAACGUACUCCUCAUCUUAUAGUCAAUCCUCAUUCUCUAGCCAAAAAUUAUCGUCUAAGAUUUUGUCAACCUCAUCCAAGUUUUCUUUGUCUUCUUUUCCUCCAAAGUUGGCUUCUUCAUCUUCUAUUUCAAGCAAGUCAAGUCCAAACUCUUCUGGGUGUAUCACGUCGGAUGUUACCUCGAGUAAAGUUUCUUUGACUACACUAAUCACUGGUUGUGACUCUUUGACAGGAGCACUUUGCUUGAAAGGAAUUUCGGCUACUUUGAUAAAGAACACUUUAGUGUGGUUUACAACUACCUCAUGUUCUAUGCCCUCCGGUAUUAGUGGCUCAUUUGGGCCUUCAACAACUUUACAAGCAAUAACUACUGGGGAUAUCGUAACUACGGUUACUGUCACCGAUUAUAUUGUUCCAAGUGUUAUUUGUCCAACAUCGAGCUUUCCAACUACGUUGAUAGCUACGAGGCCUUACACGAGGUCUACUUUUACGGAAACUGAAUCACUCUGUACAAGCGGCUCAGUUAUAGUUCCUUGUUCAGUCACCACCUCAGAAAGCUUGGCAAGUAAUCAGCAAACAGUCUCCUCAAUAUCUAGAUCCCCAACUCCUUCAUCUCUAACUUCUUCAUCCAAAUCUCCUUCGGUACCAGUACCCUUAGAAUCAACAAUCACUGUCACAACUACACAUUGUAAGAAUGGAAAGUGUACAUUAUCUACCUCUUACGCCACCUCCACCUUUACAGCAUCUAGCAGCUCCUUUACCAUGUUUUCUGGCUCUACGUAUACCACCUCAUUCAUUUCAAAGCCACUAACUUCAGCUUCUCCUUCGGUGCCAGUAACUUUGGAAUCGACAAUCACUGUCACAACCACACAUUGUAAGAAUGGGAAGUGUACAUUAUCUACCACUUACACGACCUCCACUUUUACGACUUACUGCAGUUCAGCUACCAUGUCCUCUGGCUCUACGUAUACCACUUCAUUCAUUUCGAAGUCUUCAACUGCUACCCUAUUUACCAUUUCGACAUCUUCAGCUUCUUCAAACACAUUGGCGACAUUGAUAUCCUUAACAACUCCGAUUUCUUCAACUUUCUCGACAUUAUCCACAUUUUCAACAUCGUCGAUGACUUCAAAGACUUCUGAGAAUACGUUUUUUACAGGUUUGACUUCUAUCACUGAAUCUUCAAGUGAAACGGUUCAUUCUAUAUCAAAAUCUUCUACUUCAGACACAUCCUCUUUAAGUGUUUCUACAUCAGCAACAGUUACUCCUAAAACGUUAACUUCAGCUACCUUCACAUCUGGAACAGUGUCUUCUUCAACUACUUCCGCAUUGGUCACCACCCCAUCGACCAUUACUGCUGUCACGCAUGAAACUUCAUCCACUGCAAGCGAAACAAUCCCAGGUGCAACUCCAGAAACAGUUACAAUCUCUACUACUACCGUCACUACCACCCACUGUUCAAACAAUAAAUGUACCAUUACAACCUCUACAAUUCCUAUUGUGUCAACCCAAUCCAAUUCUACGUCUACCUCUGAGGCAAAAACUAAUGAGUCAAGUAAACCAGCUGUACUAUCCUCGUCAUCAACAGUUCCCGAAUCAGAUACCGCUUCAAUUACUACCAUCACUACAACUCAUUGCGAAAAUCACACAUGUUUUGCUACAACGUCUGAAAUUUCGAUUAUUUCAAACACAGCAUCUUCCUCACCUGCUUCUACUGUUUCUUCUUUAAAGUUCUCUGAAACAUCGGCUUCAGUCUCUUACUCAUCAAUUUUAACUACUCUAACUACAACUGUUACAACGACUCACUGUGAAGAAAACAAAUGCUCGUUGAAAACUAAUACUCUGGUAACAACCCUUGUUUCAACAGUAGAGUGUUCCACCUCUUCGGCUUCUACAAAAACUGAUUCUGCCACAAUUCCUCAAACAACAAUGACACCUAUUUCUACUACUUCAGAUUCAACGGCAGUUUCUUCAACAAAUGUGACUUCAGUCCAAACAUCCUCUCCUUCAAUUGUUAUCAGUUCAACGGUAGGAACUCCUGAAGGGACUACAUUCUCGAUCACAACGUUCACUACAACACAUUGCGAGGAUAAUAAAUGUACCACAUUCUCUUCUGAAAUUCCGCUAGUAUCGACAACUUCAACAACCUUAGACUCUUUAGCCUCCUCUCUUUUGACAAGCACAGCGUCAGGGUCAACGUAUGUUGUCAAAUCAACAACAACUUUGACUACAACGCAUUGUGAAGACGAAAAAUGCUUUCUUUCCACAGAAACAAUUGUAACAUCGACUACGGCAACCACAGAAUGUUCUGAUUCUUCAGAAACAUCUCUGCAACCAACUGAAUUAUCAUCAACAUCAACAUCAACAUCAACUAUAACGACCUCGCAUGCUUUUCCUACGUCCCCUGUCUCAGUUUCAACAGCUCUUUCAACAACCUUGGUAACUACCACUCAUUGCGAAGAUAGCAAGUGUAUAACUACUACCACUACUGCUUCGUCGAGUACUGCAUCUACUGUGACAUCCAUUAUUACUUCGUCAACCGGAUUGACAGAUAGUGAGGAAGGUACGUCAACUAUUUCAAAAACCCUGUUGACAACGCUGACUAAGACAUCAUCAGGCUCGUCUUCGGCCAUAGUAGCAUCCCAGAUUACCUCUCCAAGUAGUUACUCGUUGUCCACAUCCUCACACACAGUUUCCGUUCCAGCGGCCUCAGGAUCAUCAUCAUAUUUUGAAAAUGCAGCAGGCGCUGUUGUUACGCUUCCGCAGAAUGGUGCUGUUUUUGGGAUGGCAUUUGGGUUACUGAUGAUGAUGAUUUAAGUACAAUAUCACAUAGCCCAUUUCUAUGGAAUUUCGGUCGUUUUUUCUAUUUAAAUUCUAGAUUAUGUUUUAAUUCCAACUUACUUGACGUUGCUUUCUUAACCUAUAUUGACUGUUUUCGACUUUCUAGGAAAAAUAGGAUUGUAUUUAUUAAAUUUACUGCUAAAGCUCUG